AUAUUUUGCGAACACUUGCACUCUUUGGUGGCUUGUGUCUGAUUGAGCACGGCCCAUAAUGCUUGGUGGCAAUCUGUGGGACUCUUACCAACGCACAUAGUUGUCAUGGUUACACCCUGUACGUGCUCCGCCUCCAGUGUGGCAACCUGCUAUCUCUAGUGUGUGCCCUCCUGCCUGAUGUAGCCUGCCUGCACUGAAUCAUGGGGCUGAGGAGAGUGGUGGGGGUUCUGAGCACAUGGAGGGCUCCACAGGACUGUAAUCUUGGGGAUCAGAGGAACCCUCAUUGGUGUCAGCUGCAGGGGCUGUAGCACUAACCCUGCUUCAGGCUGUGAGAGGGAGGGGGAGUGAACAGGGGGGUUAAUAAUCGUUCAGUGGAUGCUACGGAUCGCAUUUUAGGACAUCCUCCGUAAUAUUUCUGUCCUGAUGUCCUCCAUGCGAUGUCUACAUGGUGGACACGCGGGAGAAUGUCCUAAAAUGCCGUAAAAUCAGGACUGUUGGGCGAUAUGAAGGAAGACAGAUUGAGUAUUCGCGGAACAUGACUUGAGAGUCAGUUGUUGCCAUUAUAUCGCGAAGUGCAAAUGACUGCUUAGGCUUCCUGUGUUCUUAAUUAAAAUGUCCUAUUCUUGCACAUGUAGGCAGAAGUACAACUAAUUGAGACAGACUGCUUGCACUCAGCCAGAUACAGUGGACUGUUUCCCAUGGCAAACUCUCCGUCGUUGCCGAAGUGUUAAUUAGUUUGAGAAAUUAAAUGGUAUUGGUGAAGGAACUUAUGGUAUACUAUAUUGAUACGAAGAGCAAUGAAAUAGUUGCACUGAAGAAGGUGAGAAUGGACAAAGAGAAAAAUGCCUCGUACUGCGCAUGUGCCAAAAAACGCUGGUUAAAGCAGGAAGAAGAGCGCUCGGGAGAAGAUGGCGCCCUUGAACUCCGCAGCAGAGGACAUGGAAGCAGGGGUACCAUACCAGGUGAAAGCGAAUCUGACAAAAUCAGAAAUAGGGGCCGGUCUAAAACUGAACUAAGCUCUCUUAGAACCCGGGGGUGUAUGCCAUCAGGCCCUGGAGCCUUGUUUACAUGAAUUUUUAUCGUCAACCGAGGAAAAGGUAACGUUGUAGCCGAGGAGAGAGAGACAAAUUGAUCCGCCAACCGGUAAGUCUAAGACCUCCGCUCUGGCCACGGAAAACAUUCGAUCCAAAGAAAUUUGUGUGACUGCACCGACUCCACCGAAGAACAUCCACAUGAGAACCAAUAGUUUAAAACUUAAUUUUUUUAAUAAUGCAAGUAGUGGGCAGGGGAAUGUGUAGCUCGACGCGUUUCGUGACUAUUAUGUCACUUCGUCAGAACACAGGUGCCAUCUUCAGGCCUUACAUAUAAAUACCAUUCACCAUUAAGAACAUAAGAAACACCUGUUUAAAAAUCACGUUCCGUGGAUCUACACCAAGUAUAUGGGUAUGUUACACCCACCAUAGUAUGAAUGGCUACAUGGCUAGUAAGUUACAUAUAAUCAAUUGGUUACAUAUAAUCACAUGGUACAUAGGAGAGAAAAAAAGGAAACAUAAAAAUCAAAUAUGAUAUAAUGCAUAGAUAAGAGAUUGUAUCCAAUAAAUAUAAAUAGUAUGAUAAUUAAUUAUUCAUAUAUAUGCAAUAAAUAAUCAUUGUAUCCAGACAGCAUGACAUAAUAUAGAUUUUGAGGGAAUUUAUGAAAUGUAAAAAAUUGAUCAAUUAAUUUAUUAAUUAAUUAGUUAAAUUAAAUACCCAAUAUAGAUACUACUGUCUUGAAACUUUUAUAAAUAUCUAAAGGUUAAGUAUCUACUCUAAAAGUGAAAUCUUUAUAGUUAUAUAUCCUUCCAAGUUUAAUGAGAAAAUGUUAUUUAUGAUAAGGGAAAGAUAAAGAUUGACAUCCAUUGAUUCAGAAGAACAACCUAGCCUUCAGUGAAACAGUUCAGUUCCCAUUCUCUAUUGAGACCAUUGGGUACAACCGUGUUGAGCUUGUAUAUCCAGAAGGCUUCUUUCCUAAGGAGAGGCAACUCAAUAUUCCCCUUCCGCGUAUCUGUUGCUACCCUAUCUAUAAUUUAGGGCAUAUACACAUAAUUUACUUCCAUGACAAUGUUUUGCAAUGGUGGAACUCGAAUCAUUGCGUGAUAUACAGUGCAAAUGGUCUGACAAAUGUUUUCUAAAGGGUCUAAUCAUCUUACCAACAUACUGUAAUCCGCAGUGGCAAGUGAUUAGAUAAAUAAUAUUACUUGUACUGCAGUUGGCGUAAAAGUUUAUUUUAUAACGCCUAGGAUUAGUCCUACCAAUAAAAUCCUUAGAUGGUCUCAUAUAAUGGCAUGCACCACAACGAGUACCCCCAGAUCUGUAGCAGCCCUUAGUAUCUAGCCAGUGGGAAGGUCUAGAUGAAUCAAAUUCUGUAAAUAGGCUGGGUGAUAACAUCGAUCCCAAACUGGGUCCCCUCUUAAAGGCAAAAUUUGUUUGUGUGGGUAAAAUGUCUUUCAACUUGGGGUCCUGACCCAAAAUUUUCCAGUAUUUUUGUACUACCUAAUGUAGAUGGACACUAUCACGUGAAUACGUGGUUAUAAUCCUAGGGCAGUCAUUAUUGGUAUUACUUUGGUAUUUUGAAUUUCUCUAAGAUCUGUUAUACUUUUUCUUUUUUUUUCCUCUCGAUUGGCGGCCAAUGCUCUAUCAUAGGCAUUUUUGAUAUCCUAAAAUUUGUACCCACGUUGUAUAAAUCUAUCCCAUAAUAGCAUUGCUUGAUGGUUAAACGAGUCCCACAUCGUACAUAUCCUAUGUAAACGCAGAAACUGACCCACUGCGACACCAUGCAAUACAUUAGUUGGAUGGCAACUUGCAGCAUGUAAUAAACUAAAUACCCCAUAAAUAAGUUCGCACACGAUGGUGCAAAUCGUGCACCCAUCGCUGCUCCCCUCUUUUGGAGAUAAUAGGAGCCAUUAAGCAUAAAAUAGUAGGUAUUGAGAAGGUACUAUAACGCCUGUAACAAAAAUUCAUUCUGGGUGUCAGAAUAAAAUUUCAAAUGCUUUAUCCAAAAACUAACCGCCGACAUGCCACGUGUAUGUUCAAUCGAGGAGUAUAAGGACGUUACGUCCAAGGUCACCCACAGAAAGGAAGAUUUCCAUGCAACCCAUUGGAUUUUGUUAAUACAAUCCAUUCCCCUGCCCUCUACUUGCAUUUUUAAAUAAUAUAUUAAUAAAGCCGUUUAAGUUUUAAACUAUUGGUUCCCAUGUGGAUGUUCUUCGGUGGAGUCCGUGCAGUCACACAAAUUUCUUUGGAUUACGGUACAUUCAUUUUUAUUAAAGCUUUAUGGAUCAUAUCCGGAGUCAGCCACUGACUAGAUUGAGCUGAGCCAGCAGUGCAGCUAUGAAGUAAGCCUGUGAAUUCAGAAUCUAUUUUAGGGUUGUUAGGGUUCUUCUGAACAGUUUUCCGCCCUAUAGCCAUAAACUUAGAUUUUUUCCUGUUAUCCAGGGCCGGGCCCCUAGAGCUAGACGUGCCCUAGGCAGGUGCCUAGGGCACCUAGCGGGUAAUCUGGCCACAUUUCAGCAUGAAAAAUGUUUGCACCAAAACCUGCUACACUUGUCUGCACCCCACCAACGCAAUCUUGCUAGUGCAAACAGAUGAGCGAGUGGCCAGCAAAUUGGCUCUGUGUGGCACCUGCCUUAGAACCCAGCAAGUCCCAUUUAUUUUUAACUUCCAUCAUGCUUCCAUCUGGCUUUACAACCCUCAGAAACGCUCUCUUUUCCCUCACGUCCCUUGGCAGCACUUACUAUAGAGAGAGCUCCUCCUAGGGUAGGAAAACAUCGCCCAGCAUAAUAAAAACACUCCUCCCCUUCCUCCCUAUAAAGGUGCCUACCCCCAAUACCCCUCAGUGUUUUUUUCCUACCGGUGAAGGAUAUAUCGUUCCAGCAUUCAAGAGGAUACAAUUAGGAUGGGAAGCAUGGGAGCCUUUCAGAUGAUUGGCCCCCAUAUUAAAUUUGGAAUAAGGAGACAGACGCCUUUCAAAUGAAUGUGCCUCUGUAUUAAUAAAAGGUGAAUAAAUGGGCGCUACUCAAAUGAAUAGCCUCCGUACAAAGAAAACUGACUGUAAGUUUAGGGCGCCGAUCAGAUGACCGGCCCCCAGCUUGUGCGCGUGGUGUGUGUGGGGAAGCGCAGAUCGCUGACGAGUAGUGGAAGUGACGUCAGUCGCGUCACUUCCGGGUUAUCGGCAUAUUACAGCAUGCGGCAUGGCGGCGGAUCGACGCUCCUGGGUGUACACGCUGCUGUCUCGGUCCCCAAACGCUGCGCACUUAAGGCACAAGUAAGUCUCAUUGUUUUAUAUAUACAUGGAGGCAAAAUGAAUUACUUAAGGAGUAUAAUAAAGUCCGGUUCUGCUUGUGUCUUUCAGUAUGGCUGACACUGCACCGGAGAAAGGGGAAAUAAAAAGCAAAACUAAAGAGAAGGUUAAAAAUAAAGAUACCCCAAAUGAAUCGCCAAAAGAUAAGAAAGAAAUGGCUAAGAGAAUGUUGCAAGUUAUUUGCUUGGGCUGUGAAGGAAAAUUUUUGUCCACUGAAACAAAUAAAUUAUGUGGGGCUUGUAAGGAAAAGAUUAAAGGUACAGCAGGCACUGGCUCUGAGGAAUUGAGGUCCUGGAUGAAAGAUGCAAUGGUGCAAGUUUUUGAAUCCCUUAGCCAGGAUAAACAGCAUAAAGAUACACCUGCUGAGGAGAGCCUCGUUUAUGAUAGUAUCUCCUCUGAUGAAUCAGUUGAACCAGGUCCAUCAAAAUAUAAGCCAGAUUCUGAGUCAGACUAUUCAGAUAUGGAAGAUUUUUUUCCUAUAGAAGACAUAGAUUCUUUGAUAGUGGCUGUAAGAGAAACAAUGGGAUUGGAAGAUACUUCAGAACCACCUAAAAAGUCAAGUAAACUUUUUGCAAAUAUAAAUAAACGUAAAGUAUGUUUUCCACUGGAUGAUGCUAUUAAAGGCAAAAUUAAGAAUCAAUGGUCAAAUUUGGAUAGGAAGUUUAUUCUUCAAAAGAAGUUUAACAUGUUAUUUCCUUUUGAUGUGGCUGAUUCUAAACCUUGGGAUAAUGCUCCUAAAUUAGAUCCUCCUGUAGCACAAACAAUUAAAAGAACAACGCUUCCCCUAGAAGACAGCACAGGUCUUCGAGAUCCGAUGGACAGGAAAGCUGAUGGGGCUUUACGGAAAACCUUUCUGGCAGCAGCAGCAGGAUUUAAACCAGCAGUAGCUGCAGCUUCAGUGGCAAGAUCCCUAAAAGUAUGGAUCACGCAGCUAGAGAAGGCAUUGAAAAAAGGGGUGUCAAGAGACAAAUUAUUGGCAGACCUACCUAUGUUGUCAUCGGCAGCUGAUUUUCUUACUGAGGCAUCCCUAGCAUCAAUAGAUAUCUUAUCUAAAUCUACAGCAUUCGCAACAUCAGCAAGAAGAGCUAUAUGGUUAAAACCAUGGAUUGCAGAUAUAGCAUCAAAGAAUCGCUUACUUAAUCUUCCAUUUGAAGGAGAGAAAUUGUUUGGAUCCGAACUCGAAUCUUUAGUGGAAAAAAAAUCCGAUGAUAAGGUAAAAUGUUUACCUCAAGAUAAAAGAAGUGCUAAACGCUCCUUUCGAGGGUUUCGGACCUCCUAUAGAUAUCGGCAGGACUGGAGAAAUCAAAAGACAUCGAAGGAUAGAUCCUAUGGUCAAUUCAGAGGACGGUCCAGUAGAGGAAGAGGCCGCACAAAUUUUCAUCAGCGACCAUUUUCAGCAUGACGCCAGACGAGUUGGAGGGAGACUCAAAAAAUUUAUAGCAGAAUGGACAAAAAUAACAUCCGACAAAUGGGUGCUACAAACAAUAGAAAAAGGUUAUGCCAUAGAGUUCGAAUCAUUCCCUCCAACAAAAUAUAUAAAAACAUAUCUUCCAAAAAGUCAAAAAGAAAGAAACGCUAUGUGUACGGCGAUUCAGGACUUAAAAGAUCAAGGAGUAUUAAUCCAAGUACCUCAAGGAGAAAAAUGUAUGGGAGUAUAUUCUCAAAUAUUUUUAGUCCCGAAACCAAAAGGAAAAUACAGAGCAGUCAUAGACUUGAGGUAUUUAAACAACUUCAUAAGGAAAAAGAAAUUCAAGAUGGAAACGAUGCAAUCUACAAUACAAGCCCUUCGAGAACAAGAGAAAAUGGUAACACUAGAUUUACAGAACGCAUAUUUGCAUAUACCAAUAAGACCAUGUCAUCAAAAUUCCUAAGAGUGGCUAUAAGAGGCUCCACUUCCACAGAGCACCUUCAGUUUUCAGCACUACCGUUCGGAAUAUCAAGCGCGCCAAGAGUAUUUACAAAAGUAUUAGUGACCGCUGUGGCCUUUUUAAGAACACAAGGAGUCUCAAUAAUACCAUAUUUAGACGAUUGCCUUAUAAAAGCAGAUUCCCAGUCUGUUCUGGAAGAACACAUAAAUCUAACAGUACAAAUUCUUCAAUCAUUGGGUUGGAUUAUAAAUUGGGAAAAAUCCAAUCUUUGUCCGUCAACAAAAAUAAAGUUUUUAGGCAUGAUUCUAGAUACCGGAAUAGGCAAAGUUUCUCUACCAUUGGAAAAGGCUUGCAAAAUCAAAGACAAAGUGAAGUUGUUGCAAGAAAGGGAAGUGUCUUCUAUAAGACAAGUAACAGAGGUCCUAGGACUUUUUUCAGCAGCCAUAGUAGCCGUUCCCUGGGCCAAAGCUCAUAUGAAGGAUUUACAGGAGUUUCUAAAUACGAUAUGGGAUUAUCAGAAAAAGUCCUUACACAAGAAAGUUCACUUACCACAAGAAAUAAGGAGGUCACUUACCUGGUGGGUACAGACAGGGAAUUUAAUGAAAGGAAAUCAAUUGUUCCCGGAGCCCACAAAAUUGAUCACAACAGACGCAAGCAAAAGAGGCUGGGGGGCUCAUCUUCAAGAAAUUUCAGAACAAGGAAGAUGGUAUGACAGAUCUUUCAGCCAAUUCAUUAGAGUUGGAGGCGGUUUGGAGAGCCUUAAAAUCUUUUGCCCCAUAUAUAAAAAACGGAAAUGUUCUGGUCCAUACGGACAAUGUAACAACAGCAUAUUAUUUAAAUCAUCAAGGAGGUCUAAGGAGUCAAGAUCUUAUGCGCAGAGCAAAAAGAAUAUUCAAAUGGGCAGAACGCAAUUUAAACAGCCUUACUGCUCGACACAUUUCAGGCCAUUCAAAUUUCAGAGCGGACUUUUUAAGUCGCAAAGAUCUACAUCCAGGAGAAUGGAGUCUAAACCAAGAGGUGUUUUAUCAGAUUUGCAAAAGAUGGGGGUUUCCAGACAUAGACCUCAUGGCAUCAAAACAAAACAAAAAAGUUCCAAAAUUUUUCUCACUGACAAGCGGUCAAGGAGAAGUAGCCGUGGAUGCGCUGGCCCAACCCUGGAGUUUCAGUCGUGCUUACAUAUUCCCACCAAUUCCAUUAGUGGGCAGAGUGGUCAGGAAAAUACGACUAACCCCAGCGGAAAUAAUUCUAAUAGCUCCAGCAUGGCCAAGGAGGAGUUGGUACUCAGAAUUAAUCCAACUAUCCAUAAGCCCGCCAUGGCAUUUGCCCAGGAGGAAAGACCUACUAACUCAGGGGCCGAUCUCCUAUGCAGACCUAACUCCAUUACAACUGACCGCGUGGAGACUGAAAGGGAUGCGCUAACACUACAAGGCAUUUCCCCAGCGGUAAUCGAUACCUUGCUACAUAGCAGGAAGGUGGUUACUAAUAAUAUAUAUCAAAGAAUAUGGACUCUAUUUCGAAAAUGGUGCAUUAAAAAGAAAUUGUCUCCGGAAACGGCCCCCAUUUCCAUGAUCCUGGACUUUUUGCAUGAUGGGUUCAGAAAAAAUCUAGCCCCGAAUACUAUUAAAGUUCAGAUAGCGGCGCUAGGAGCUUUUAAGAACUUGGCAUUAGCAGAACAACCGUUAAUAAAAAGGUUGGUAAAAGCAAUGCAAAACAUCAAACUAAAAAGCAAACCAUUAACACCAGUAUGGGAUUUAGAUAUGGUGCUUAAAGUCCUUCAAAAAGCUCCCUUUGAACCAUUAAAAGAAGCUACAUUAUUUUAUCUUACAAUCAAGACUGUAUUUCUGGUAGCCAUCUGCUCGGCAAGAAGGGUUGGUGAAAUACAAGCCCUGUCCUGUAAGGAACCUUACUUACAAAUUCUUCAAGACAGGAUCAUUCUUAAAGCAGACCCUUCGUUUCGACCUAAAGUUUCAUCGAAUUUUCAUGUUAAUUUUGAAAUCGUUUUGCCUGAUUUCUAUCCGAAGCCUAAGAAUGAACAUGAAGAAAAUCUUCAUUUUUUGGAUGUUAAAAGAUGCAUCUUAAUGUAUCUGAAAAAAGUACAGAAAUUUAGAAUAUCUAAUUGCCUGUUCAUAACAUAUGCGGGUAUAAGAAAAGGGAAAACCGCAUCAAAGAUGUCAAUAUCCAGAUGGAUAAAACAGGCAAUUACGUUCGCAUAUACAUCACAAAAAAAACCAGUUCCGCUUGGACUAUGUGCUCAUUCAACUCGGGCAGUGUCAGCCUCAUGGGCAGAAAGUGCUGGAGUUUCUGUGGACCAAAUAUGCAGGACAGCAUCCUGGUCAAGCUUCAAGACCUUCUCGAAUCAUUACAGGCUCAACGUGGGUACACCCAGGGAAGUGGCUUUCGCAAGAGCAGUCUUAGGUGCUGUAGCUAAAUAACCCUCCCAGUGCUACUGCUUAUCAACUCUCUAUAGUAAGUGCUGCCAAGGGACGUGAGGGAAAUAGGGAAUUUAAAUUGCUUACCGUAAAUUCCUUUUCCCUCAGUCCCGAAGGCAGCACAUUUUUUUCCCCCCCUUAUUAAAAACCUUGGCAUUAAUGAUGUGUAUUGCUUGUUAAUCACUGAGGGGUAUUGGGGGUAGGCACCUUUA